AUGGUUAAACAUUUUAUUCCAAGUUUGUUACUCCUAACGAUUUGUGGGGCCUUUGUCGUAACUGCACAAAUAAGGAAUGGCGAGUUGAAUGGCUUUCGAGCGGCUCUAGCUGCGAGUCAGCCACGCCUACUUUUUUGGAAUAGGCGUCCAGAUAACCCUCAACAACCGAUUGUCAUUGUGCAGCCGAAUCAAGACUCGAACAGAGAUCGUCGUCCGCCCUGGGCAGACUACCCAUAUUUCCCACCAUAUCGUUUUCCUCCUAAUCAGAUUCCUGGACUUUCCGAUUUGUAUGGCGGAACCGGUGGCUCUAUUAUAAUCGUCAACCCGAAUAAUGCACAGAACUUUUCGUUCCCUCCCGGUGUCGGUGCUGCUGCUGGCGGUGCUGGUGGUGGUGCUGGUGUUGUUCCUGGUCCUGGUGGUGGCCGAAGUGGAUCUUUUCGUCGUGAAUCGAUUCCUCUUAUCGACAUACUACAAGGAUUAAGUGCGCAGGAGAAUGACUCGGAAGCGAAUGAAUGGGAUGGAGCAGCACCUCUAGCAGCAGCCACAACGGCUGCCCAAGAACCACUGGGUAAAUAUGGCGCUGGUGAGGAGCAAUACGAUAAGGAACCUAACGAGGAUGAGUUCGCACUGUUGGAGCGUCAGGCAGCGCGUGGCUUGAGCCCCAAGCAGUUGUUCUCGUACCUGGUGCAGGACAAGAAACGCCGCCGAUUCCAGGAAGCCGUCGCCGGCAUCUACCUCAGGAACUAUAAUCAGAAUCAAAAGUGA